AUGUCCCAUAAUCCAGAGGAAGAGUACCCCAAUAACAUUGAUGAACAACUCUUGACUGCAGUUAAAGAUCAAGUUGGUAAUCAUCAAGAUUUAGAGGAUGCCCGGGUUAAAUUGGAAGAAAUUGCUUCUGCUGCUGCGUUGGCUGAAAAACAGGAACGAGAACAUCAUAAUCAGCAUCAACAACAACCUCAACCCCAUCACCAUCUUCAACAACAACAACAAACCCACCAGUUGAAUCAUCUUGAUGGUGGACAUCCAGCUGAUGCUCUUCAAUUGGAUCAACAAGUUCACCACCAUCAACAACACCAACAACAACAACAACAGCAGCAGGUCCACCACCACCAUCAACACCAACAGCAGCAGCAACAACAACAACAACAGCAACAACAUCAUCACCAUCAUCAACAACAACAUCAACAACAACAUCAACAACACCAAUUGAAUUAUAACCCCCAUGAUGAUUCAGAGUACAAUAUACAGAUUCCUGAUCCAAUCAUGGAUUCCAAACUGAAAAUUUACCCGGUUAGUGAAAAUACCAUCACUGCUGAAGGGAAUUUGAUUACCAGACCAUUCCCAGAACAAGUUUUUGAAAAUAGAGAAGAUUUAAAUGAAUUUAUUCAAGAAUUUGCCAGAGAUAAUGGGUUUGGUGUGGUUAUUGCUCAUUCCAAUAAAAAGGCAAUUUAUUAUACUUGUGAAUUAGGUGGUCGUUAUCGUCAUAAAAAAACUAAAAAGGAUUCAAAUGGUGAUAAUAAUGAUUCUGCUAGUCCUGUAAGCAAUUCAGGAGUUGAUAUUGGUAACGGUUAUAUACUAGAUCCAAAUACAAAAACUAAAAAAUUAAGAUGUCCAUUUUCAAUGACUGCUUCUUUUAAAAAAUCAACUUCAAUUUGGACAUUAAGAACUACUUGUAAUGAACAUAAUCAUCCUCAAUUAGAUCCUUUAUCAAAUCAUCCAAUGUUAAGAAAACGUUCGGAUGAAUUAAAUUUAUUAAUUCUUGAUUUAUAUAAAGUUGGUACUAAACCUUCUCAUAUUGAAAAAAAAAUCAAAGAACAAUAUCCUGAUGUAUUAAUAAAACGUGAAGAUAUUUAUAAUGAAAUAAGAGGUUAUAAGAGAAAAUUGAAAAAACAACAUAGAUUUGUUUCAAAUUCAAAUCCAAAUUCAAUUAAUUCUUCUAAAAAUUUUAAUUCAAGAAGAGUGGUUCAAGCUGCUCAAGCUGCUCAACAAUUAGUACCAAAUGUUUCUAAUUCGAAUUAUCAACAUAUGUUGGAAUCAAAUGGUGAUCAUGGUCAAGAUGAUUCUCAACAUCAUCAUAAUCAUGGUAUAACUGAAAGAGCUAUCGAAUUAGAAAUUGAACGUCAACAACAAGAAGCUGAAUUACAACGUCAAUUACAACAAGCUCAACAAGCCGAUUCUCAAAAUCAAUUAGAUGAACAACAAUUACAACAUUAUCAACAACAAUUAGAAAAUAUCGGAGAUGAUACUGAUAAUAAUGAUAACACUGCUGCCGCUGCAAUCGCUGCUGUUGCAGCAAGUGCCGGUCAAAAUCACGGCCAUAACACUCAUGACUUAUCAAUGGAAAAUAUCGAUAGUAGAUUAGUUGGUGAGUAG